CGGACGCGGCCAAGCCCAGGGAAGGGGGCCGGGCUGGCAUUACCAUCUCCAUUACACCUGCGCCGCCCGAAGAAUACUCCCGGAGGGACAGCAGAGCGAGCUGACAUCUAGCCAUGGCCAAAGACUUAAAGAACCUGGUGGGCGCGGGAAGAGCCCGGGAGCUGCAGGAGAAGCUGGAGAGCUGGCAGCAGAACUACGAGGGGAAUUCUGCUGAUGAAAAUCUGAGCCGAUGCUGUGAAAUAUUAGAACUGAACAGUGCAAUUCAAAAGCAGCUCUUCUCAAUUCUCAAUGAAACAUCUCAAGGAGAUGAAUGUGCAGCAAAAUUAAAAAGCUGUCUCCUGCCAAGUGUAUGCUAUGCUUCAGGAAGUGACAACCUUACUCAGGAUUCAACUGAAGGAGAACUACAGCUGAGAGAUUUGGCCUGCAAACCAAAAUGUGAAUUUCAAGACCUGGAGGACAAACUAAGUGAAACCCGUGCGCAGAUCAACCAGAUGGAACGAGAUCUGAAGUGUUCCCGUGCUGAACCAUGCAGCUUAAAGAGAUUACAGCAACUGGAUGAGUACGAGCAGAAGAUUGAGAACUUGCGGGAUGAGAUUGCUAUGCUGGAUUGCAGAAAGUCUGUCAUCCAGAGCAGGCUUGCUUGUGGUAGGACCUGCUCUCCACCGUGCCGUGUGAGGGCCUGCUCGCCUCCACCGUGCCGUCCAAGGGCCUGCUCUCCUCUACCGUGCAGUCUGAGGCCCUGUAUCUCUCCUCCACCAUGCCCUGUGAGGGCCUGCUCUCCUCCACCUUGCCGUCCGAGGGCCUGCUCUCCUCUACCAUGCCGUCUCAGGGCCUGCUCUCCUCCAUGCCGUCCGAGGGCCUGCUCUCCUCUACCGUGCCGUCUGAGGGCCUGCUCUCCUCCAUGCCGUCCGAGGGCCUGCUCUCCUCUACCGUGCCGUCUGAGGGCCUGCUCUCCUCUACCGUGCCGUCCAAGAGCCUGCUCUCCUCUACCAUGCCGUCUGAGGGCCUGCUCUCCUCCAUGCCGUCCAAGAGCCUGCUCUCCUCUACCGUGCCGUCUGAGGGCCUGCUCUCCACCAUGCCGUCCGAGAGCCUGCUCUCCUCUACCGUGCCGUCUGAGGGCCUGCUCUCCACCAUGCCGUCCGAGAGCCUGCUCUCCUCUACCGUGCCGUCUGAGGGCCUGCUCUCCACCAUGUCGUCUGAGGGCCUGCUCUCCACCAUGCGCUUUGAGGGCCUGCUCUCCUCCACUGUGCGGUGUCCGGCCCUGUGUGAGGCCCUGUGUCCGGCCCUGUGUCAGGCCCUGUGUCAGGCCCUGUGUCUCUCCUCCACCAUGCCGUGUGAGGCCCUGUGUCAGGCCCUGUGUUAAGCCCUGUGUCCGUCCUUCCAAGUGCCGCGCCCUUUGCGUGAGGCCCUGUUCACCUCCCCGGAUCAGGCGGGGCAGCGCUUCACACCGCGCCUGCCUCAUAGCUCGCUAUAACUUCAUUUAUGCUAAAGAACGCUUGGAGGCAGAGGCCGCUUUGAGGCGAUACUUCUGUGACUUGGAGACGGUGCAGAGGAUAAUAUAUGUUGCAGCUGUGGAAUCUUUCCGUGCGGCAAAGAUGGCCUUCUGGAAGGUCAAAAUAAAUGUGAAAGACACUUUGACUGUAUGUUACAGAGGGGCACCUACAGCUUUUGAAGUUGCUGUCCUGGAUUAUAUAGCUUGCCACAAGGAUCUGUAUGACGUUUGUUGCAGUGUCCAUGAGGUAGUUUGCUCCUUGAACAAGAACCCAAAGCUUCCAUGUCCAGGAGAAGUUGAUUUCGUUGUCAUCAGCAAUUUGAUUCGAGAGUUGUGCUGUUUGGCUUUUUCAAUGCAGACACUCAUUCCUCCUCUUGAUAUUUCCUUUGGUGUUGAUGGAGAAUGCUUCAACAGGAACAUGUACUAUCGUAGCUUUGACUCAGAUUUCACAGCUCCCUUUGUGGCCUAUCACGUCUGGCCUGCUCUGAUAGAAGAUGGUACUGUAAUUGUGAAGGGAGAGGUAGUCACUAAAAAAAUGGUUAUGUGUCCUCGCAGAUGCAGAAUUAGGAGCAGAAGCUGCAGCUGUGGCCGUCCUCUGCUGUGUGGUCCAGUGGCUCGAAGCCGCAGUCUUUCAACAGUGAGGGUCAAAAGACGCUGCUAACUCAACAUCUUCCUGCAGUGCAAUACAACUGGAUUCAUCGACUUUGCUGGUGCCAUUUCUCCUCAGAAAUGCCUCAAAUCUCUCAAUGAAUGGCAAUUGUC